UUGAAGUGGAUACCUAGCAGCACCAGGAUGGAUUUCGGGUCCUUAGAGACUGUGGUAGCCAACUCUGCCUUCAUUGCUGCCCGAGGCAGCUUUGAUGGAAGCAGCGCCCCAUCCUCCCGGGACAAGAAGUACUUGGCCAAACUCAGGCUGCCCCCGCUGUCCAAGUGUGAGGGUCUCCGUGACAGACUCAGCCUGGAGUUUGAAAGCCUGUGCUCAGAGCAGCCCAUUGGCAAGAGGCUGUUCCAGCAGUUCCUGAAGACAGACGAGAAGCACGUGCCAGCCCUGGAGCUCUGGAAGGACAUCAAGGACUAUGACACAGCUGAUGAUGACUUGCGGCCUCAGAAGGCACAGGCCAUCCUGGACAAGUACCUGAACCCACAGGCCUCACUCUUCUGCAGCUUCCUGGACCAGGACAUGGUGGCGAGGGUGAAGGAAGGGCCGACCAGAAGCCAGGACGGCCUCUUCCAGCCCCUGCUGCAGGCCACACUGGCUUACCUGAGCCAGGCUCCCUUCCAGGAGUACCUGGACAGCCUGCACUUCCUGCGGUUCCUGCAAUGGAAGUGGCUGGAGGCCCAGCCCAUGGGCGAGGACUGGUUCUUAGACUUCAGGAUUCUGGGGAAAGGGAGCUUUGGGGAGGUAUCUGCCUGCCAGAUGAGGGCCACUGGCAAGAUGUAUGCUUGUAAGAAGCUCAACAAGAAGCGACUGAAGAAGAGGAAAGGGUACCAGGGUGCCAUAGUGGAGAAGAGGAUUCUGACCAAAGUGCACAGCAGGUUUAUCGUGUCUCUGGCUUAUGUCUUUGAGACCAAGACAGAUCUCUGCCUGGUGAUGACCAUCAUGAAUGGAGGUGACAUAAGGUACCACAUCUACAAUGUAGACGAGGAGAACCCAGGUUUCCCAGAGCCACGAGCCAUCUACUACACAGCACAGAUCAUCAGUGGCCUGGAGCAUCUACACCAGAGGCGCAUCGUCUAUCGUGACCUCAAGCCUGAGAAUGUGCUGCUGGACAAUGAUGGUAAUAUCCGAAUUUCUGACCUUGGGCUGGCUGUGGAGCUGAAGGAAGGGCACAAUAAGACCAAAGGCUAUGCAGGGACCCCAGGUUUCAUGGCCCCUGAGCUCCUACUGGGCGAAGAAUACAACUUCUCUGUGGACUACUUUGCCCUGGGGGUCACACUGUAUGAGAUGAUUGCAGCCAGAGGACCCUUCCGAGCCCGAGGGGAGAAGGUGGAGAACAAGGAGCUCAAGCAGAGGAUCAUCUCUGAGCCGGUCAAGUAUCCGGACAAGUUCAGCCAGGCCAGCAAGGACUUUUGUGAGGCUCUGCUGGAGAAGGACCCAGAGAAGCGCCUGGGCUUCCGGGAUGGGACCUGUGACAUGCUGCGGACAAGCACCCUCUUCAAAGACAUCAGCUGGAGGCAGCUGGAGGCUGGGAUGCUGAUCCCCCCAUUCAUCCCAGACUCCAAGACUGUCUAUGCCAAGGACAUUCAGGACGUUGGUGCCUUUUCCACAGUCAAGGGCGUGGUGUUUGACAAAUCAGACAUAGAGUUCUUUCAAGAAUUUGCCUCUGGCAACUGCCCCAUUCCCUGGCAGGAGGAGAUGAUUGAGACAGGUAUCUUUGGGGACCUGAAUGUGUGGCGCCCGGAUGGUCAAAUGCCAGAUGACAUGAAGGGAAUAACCACAGAGGAGGCCCCUGCAUCCAAGUCAGGAAUGUGUCUGGUCUCCUAG